AUGUCAAUGCGGGCGAAUGUGUCGUUACACAUCGUAAUAAAUACCGAUACAUUGUCUACGGUAUCAAUCAGUCUUACAUUUUGCAAACGUACUGCAGUAUUCUUCUGUACUAAUCAAUUCAAAGUUUAGUAUCUCUACAAUGGCUCGUACUUGUUUGAUGCUGUUAGCUCUUGUAUCAAUCUCUGUUACUGCGGAAUGUAAUCUUAUCCAUGGUGUGGCCCUUAAGGGUUUCAAGACCAAGGAAGUGCUGGUGCCUCACGACCACGAGGAGGCAGUGGAGGUUGUUAGUAACGUAGUGGACGCGCCAGUGGACGAGAUAUUGACGAGCGAGACUGAUGUUGUUACAAGAGACACCACUGGCACAACUUUAGAUAAGAAAUGUGCUGCUGUGGGAGAAUUCUGCAUGUAUCACAGUGAAUGCUGCACGAAUGCUUGUUUGGGCUACUUGAAAAGAUGCGUUACCUAAGUUGGAUCAUUUGACGAAUAAAUGAAACGACUAAACGUCUUCUUCACGUACGAGCCUGCCUGUUUACUCUAUGCAUUACUGGUUUACAAAAUUACAACAGCUAUUGGAUAUUAUUUGUUUUAAAUGUAAUUGUAUAACUCCUAUUUUACCUCACAAUGUAAACUUUUAGUGGUAAUACUGGUCAUAACUGUAAUGAGUAGAUAAAAAUUAUUGUUUCUUUUA